AUGGAGACAUCAACAACACCAAGGAAGACUUGUGUUUUAUCGGAUGUAUGCAUCCUCUGUAGAUUUUCCUUUGUUCAAAUUGAGAAAACGAUUGGCGGCGAAGAAAAAGUACACAAGUUUUACGAGAUGAAGUUAAAACUUAACAGCGAAAGGUUAGAAAACAUAAGAAAAUUAACAGGACUGACAGACGUUGAUGUCACGAACAUAAUAAAUGCAGGUGUGUGUAAAAAAUGUUACCGCACAGUAGAGUCUGUAUUGAAGACUGAAUCCAAACAUGAUUUAAUUAAGCAGAAGUUUCGUGAGAUAGCAUUGAACGCGGUGAAAACAAACAUGCUACAACUGCUCUCGCCUCGUAGAAAGACGAUCACAAAACGCAUGCUUAGGAGUCCUUCGACUUCUAUGCCUUCGGCGAAAAAGCAGCCAUUUGACGUAUCUUACGUUAAGCUGGUGAAAAUGGCACCCUUUCAGGACUUGACAAAUACAUUUAUUCCAACAGAAUCAAAGAGAACAGAGGUAAUGUUAACCUUAGUAUGUGUUGUAACUAGUAAAUGAGUAUGAUUCAAAAUAUAUAAAUAUGAGCUGAUAGAAAUAAUGAUUGUACAUUGAUGUUUUUCCUCACACACUUGUUCAAAUAUACAGUCAGGAUUUUAC